CUCAUUUUUUAAUUUUUUUUAUUUGGUUGGUGGCGGCGGUGCUGGGCCAGAGGAAGGAGGGGACACGGAGGCCGCCCUCGCCCAGCCACCCCUCAUCCGUUUCCCCCCCGCCCCGAUUCCGGGAGAUGUGCCGGGCGGGGGGUCCGGGUUCGCGGAGCCGCAGGAGAGACGCGCAGGGCCCAGCUCAGAGCGGCGCUGGACAGGCUGGUGGGCCAGGCUGUGGUGCCCGCCCGGUGAUGCAGGGCAGGGACCCCUGCACAAGCCACUGAGAGCUCCGAAGACGUCCCCGGCCGCUGCCAUGGCCCGCCUGGCCGCCGUGCUGUGGAGCCUCUGCAUCACCGCCGUCCUGGUCACCUCGGCCACCCAAGGCCUGAGCCGGGCUGGACUCCCAUUCGGGCUGAUGCGCCGGGAGCUGGCAUGCGAAGGCUACCCCAUCGAGCUGCGGUGCCCAGGCAGUGAUGUCAUCAUGGUGGAAAACGCCAAUUACGGACGCACAGAUGACAAGAUCUGCGACGCUGACCCUUUCCAGAUGGAGAACGUGCAGUGCUACCUGCCGGAUGCCUUCAAGAUCAUGUCGCAGAGGUGUAAUAACCGCACCCAGUGCGUGGUGGUUGCCGGCUCCGACGCCUUUCCUGACCCCUGUCCUGGGACCUACAAGUACCUGGAGGUGCAGUACGACUGUGUCCCCUACAAAGUGGAGCAGAAAGUCUUCGUGUGCCCAGGGACCCUGCAGAAGGUGCUGGAGCCCACCUCCACGCACGAGUCGGAGCACCAGUCUGGUGCGUGGUGCAAGGAUCCACUGCAGGCGGGGGACCGCAUCUACGUCAUGCCCUGGAUCCCCUACCGCACGGACACGUUGACCGAGUAUGCCUCCUGGGAGGACUACGUGGCAGCGCGCCACACCACCACCUACCGCCUGCCCAACCGCGUAGAUGGCACCGGCUUUGUGGUCUACGACGGCGCUGUCUUCUACAACAAGGAGCGCACACGCAACAUUGUCAAAUACGACCUGCGCACACGCAUCAAGAGCGGGGAGACAGUCAUCAACACUGCCAACUACCAUGACACCUCGCCCUACCGCUGGGGAGGCAAGACUGACAUCGAUCUGGCCGUGGACGAGAAUGGGCUGUGGGUCAUCUAUGCCACUGAGGGCAACAACGGGCGGCUGGUGGUGAGCCAGCUCAACCCCUAUACGCUGCGCUUCGAGGGCACGUGGGAAACAGGAUACGACAAGCGCUCGGCGUCCAACGCCUUCAUGGUGUGCGGUGUCCUCUACGUGCUGCGCUCGGUCUAUGUGGAUGACGACAGUGAGGCAGCUGGCAACCGCGUGGACUAUGCCUUCAACACCAACGCUAACCGCGAGGAGCCGGUCAGCCUGGCCUUCCCCAACCCCUACCAGUUCGUCUCCUCUGUGGACUACAACCCGCGUGACAACCAGCUCUACGUCUGGAACAACUACUUCGUGGUGCGCUAUAGCCUGGAGUUUGGGCCUCCGGACCCCAGUGCCGGCCCAGCCACUUCCCCGCCCCUCAGCACGACCACCACAGUCCGGCCCACACCCCUCACCAGCACGGCCUCACCUGCAGCCACCACCCCACUCCGCCGGGCACCUCUCACCACACACCCGGUGGGUGCCAUCAACCAGCUGGGACCUGACCUGCCUCCAGCCACAGCCCCAGCCCCCAGUACCCGGCGGCCCCCAGCCCCUAAUCUGCACGUGUCUCCAGAGCUCUUCUGUGAACCGCGAGAGGUGCGGCGGGUCCAGUGGCCGGCCACCCAGCAGGGCAUGCUGGUGGAGAGGCCCUGCCCCAAGGGGACGCGAGGAAUUGCCUCCUUCCAGUGUCUACCAGCCCUGGGGCUUUGGAACCCCCGGGGCCCUGACCUCAGCAACUGCACCUCCCCCUGGGUCAACCAGGUGGCCCAGAAGAUCAAGAGCGGGGAGAAUGCAGCCAACAUUGCCAGUGAGCUGGCCCGCCACACCCGGGGCUCCAUUUAUGCGGGAGACGUGUCUUCCUCCGUGAAGCUGAUGGAACAGCUGCUGGACAUCCUGGAUGCCCAGCUGCAGGCUCUGCGGCCCAUUGAGCGCGAGUCGGCCGGCAAGAACUAUAACAAGAUGCACAAGCGGGAGAGAACCUGCAAGGACUACAUUAAGGCUGUGGUGGAGACGGUGGACAACCUGCUGCGGCCAGAGGCUCUUGAGUCCUGGAAGGACAUGAAUGCCACAGAGCAGGUGCAUACAGCCACCAUGCUCCUGGACGUACUGGAGGAGGGUGCCUUCCUGCUGGCCGACAAUGUCAGGGAGCCGGCCCGAUUUCUGGCUGCCAAACAGAAUGUGGUCCUGGAGGUCACGGUUCUGAACACAGAGGGCCAAGUGCAGGAGCUGGUGUUCCCCCAGGAGUACCCGAGCGAAAACUCCAUCCAGCUGUCAGCCAACACCAUCAAGCAGAACAGCCGCAAUGGGGUGGUCAAAGUUGUCUUCAUCCUCUACAACAACCUGGGUCUUUUCCUGUCCACUGAGAACGCCACAGUGAAGCUGGCGAGCGAAACGGGCACGGGCAGCCCAGGGGGCACCUCCCUGGUGGUGAACUCACAGGUCAUUGCAGCCUCCAUCAAUAAGGAGUCCAGUCGUGUCUUCCUCAUGGACCCUGUCAUCUUUACUGUGGCCCACCUGGAGGCCAAGAACCACUUCAAUGCUAACUGCUCCUUCUGGAACUACUCGGAGCGCUCCAUGCUGGGCUACUGGUCGACCCAGGGCUGCCGCCUGGUGGAGUCCAACAAGACCCACACCACAUGUGCCUGCAGCCACCUCACCAACUUUGCCGUGCUCAUGGCUCACCGUGAGAUCUACCAGGGCCGCAUCAACGAGCUGCUGCUGUCAGUCAUCACCUGGGUAGGCAUCGUGAUCUCCCUGGUCUGCUUGGCCAUCUGCAUCUCCACCUUCUGCUUCCUGCGGGGACUGCAGACUGACCGCAAUACCAUCCACAAGAACCUGUGCAUCAACCUCUUCUUGGCUGAGCUGCUCUUCCUGGUUGGCAUAGACAAGACUCAGUAUGAGAUUGCCUGCCCCAUCUUCGCUGGCCUGCUGCACUACUUUUUCCUGGCUGCCUUCUCCUGGCUGUGCCUGGAGGGUGUGCACCUUUAUCUGCUGCUGGUAGAGGUGUUUGAGAGCGAGUACUCCCGCACCAAGUACUACUACCUAGGUGGCUACUGCUUCCCAGCCCUGGUGGUAGGCAUCGCAGCUGCCAUUGACUACCGCAGCUAUGGCACCGAGAAGGCUUGCUGGCUCCGAGUGGAUAAUUAUUUCAUCUGGAGCUUCAUUGGGCCCGUCUCCUUUGUUAUUGUGGUGAACCUGGUGUUCCUCAUGGUGACCCUGCACAAGAUGAUCCGGAGCUCAUCUGUGCUCAAGCCUGACUCGAGUCGCCUAGACAACAUUAAAUCCUGGGCCCUGGGGGCCAUCGCGCUGCUCUUCCUGCUGGGCCUCACCUGGGCUUUCGGCCUCCUCUUCAUCAAUAAGGAGUCGGUAGUCAUGGCCUAUCUCUUUACCACCUUCAACGCCUUCCAGGGGGUCUUCAUCUUCGUCUUUCACUGCGCCUUACAGAAGAAGGUGCACAAGGAGUACAGCAAGUGCCUGCGACACUCCUACUGCUGCAUCCGCUCCCCGCCCGGGGGGGCUCAUGGCUCGCUUAAGACCUCAGCCAUGCGGAGCAACACCCGCUACUACACAGGGACCCAGAGCCGAAUCCGGAGGAUGUGGAAUGACACCGUGAGGAAACAGACAGAAUCUUCCUUCAUGGCGGGUGACAUCAACAGUACCCCUACCCUGAACCGAGGUACCAUGGGGAACCACCUGCUGACCAACCCCGUGCUUCAGCCUCGUGGCGGCACCAGCCCCUACAACACCCUCAUCGCCGAGUCAGUGGGCUUCAAUCCCUCCUCACCCCCUGUCUUCAACUCCCCAGGGAGCUACCGGGAACCCAAGCACCCCUUGGGAGGCCGGGAAGCCUGCGGCAUGGACACACUGCCCCUCAACGGCAACUUCAACAACAGUUACUCCUUGCGAAGUGGGGAUUUCCCUCCCGGGGAUGGGGCACCUGAGCCACCCCGAGGCCGGAACCUGGCAGAUGCUGCCGCCUUUGAGAAGAUGAUCAUCUCAGAGCUGGUGCACAACAACCUGCGGGGUGGCAGCAGCGGGGCCAAAGGCCCUCCACCACCUGAGCCCCCGGUGCCACCUGUGCCGGGGGGUGGCAGUGAGGAAGAGGCUGGUGGGCCCGGGGGUGCUGACCGGGCGGAGAUUGAACUUCUCUACAAGGCCCUGGAGGAGCCACUGCUGCUGCCCCGGGCCCAGUCGGUGCUGUACCAGAGCGAUCUGGACGAGUCAGAGAGCUGCACAGCAGAGGACGGGGCCACCAGCCGGCCCCUCUCCUCCCCUCCGGGCCGGGACUCCCUCUAUGCCAGUGGGGCCAACCUUCGGGACUCGCCCUCCUACCCGGACAGCAGCCCUGAGGGGCCCAGUGAGGCCCUGCCCCCACCCCCGCCCGCGCCCCCUGUCCCCCCUGAAAUCUAUUACACCUCGCGCCCACCAGCCUUGGUGGCCCGAAACCCCCUGCAGGGCUACUACCAGGUGCGGCGGCCCAGCCACGAAGGCUAUUUGGCAGCCCCAGGCCUUGAGGGGCCAGGGCCUGAUGGGGAUGGGCAGAUGCAGCUGGUCACCAGCCUCUGAGGGACCUCAUGGACCGGGGGCUGGUAGCCCAGGCCAGGGAGGGAACCCUGAGUAGGGCUCUGAGGGGAUAGGGAGACUGAAGGAGGCAGUGGCUGGUGGGCCACUCUCCAGGCAUCCCUGGUCUGAGGGCCCUCGAGGCCUCUUGGGGGCCCUGCUGUGGGGACCUGAGGUGCAGGGUUCACAGAUAGGGUUUCCCACCAGCCACACGCACCAGCUUACUUUGGGGGAAGUGCCAUGAGGAGGAACCCAGAGGUCCCAAGGGGAAUAAGGAAGGAGAAAUUGGAAGGGUACAUCUCACUCUUGACUUCCCCCUCCCCGCUGCUCUUCCUAUCUGCUGGAGAGAAAUGAGGGCUUUGGUGUCCCUGGACCAAAGGCCUUGCUAGAUGGAACUUAUCAAUCUGCACCUCUUUCUGUAGUCAGAAAUGCUGGGCUGCACCAGGAGGGAGCAAUGGGGGCAGAAGGACAGAUGGACAGGUUCCUCCUGCACUACAGUUCCCUGCUCCCUAGAGACUGGGGCCUCUGGCCCAGGAGAUAAGCCCCAGGGCAAGAGGAAUGGGCAUUUGUGGCUGGUGGUGUAAAGGUUGAAUUUUCUCUGAAGCUCCUUCCCUCUGCUCUUAGUCCCUGCCUCCCCAGCAAACCUGUCCCCUUUGCCCUCCUCAAGUGCACCCACUGACCCCCUCCCUUGGGGUGACUCCUGAUGAAGCACAACUCCCUGAAGGGCCCCCAGCCCACAGGGGUGGCCAUAUUUGGGCAGUUCCAAUCCUGUGGGCUUGGCUAUCUGGGGAGCAGAUUUUGGGUCUGGAUCUCCCUGGGGAGUGGGUCCUGGGUUUGGAUCUUUCCCUAGGGGCCCUCUUUCCCUUCCUCUUUCCUCCUCUCCCACUGCUGUAAAUAUUUCAAAGAAAUGGAAAAGACAAAAAAAAAAGAAAGAAAAUCUCAUCACUUGAAGCCACCAGGAGCCUGCGGCCCAGCCGGCCCGGGCUUUCUCCGGAGCAGAGCUAUACCGCUGGGCCUUGCAGCCUGGACUUCUCCGUGUACGUGUGCAUCCCCAGCCAGGUGGGCGGCCACCAGAGCAGCUUUUUACAAUCCAGAGACAGAAAAAAAUCUAGAAGCAACAGCGAAACAAAGAACCUGUUUCCUUCCAGGCACCUAUUUCUGUUGCCUCCCUCCCUGCUCCGCCUGACCCUGGCAUCAGUCAGCCCUCCUGGGGCGUGUACCUCACUGCCUGCCCCAGGACCGGGGACCUGUCUACCCCUUCCCUCCCCACUGGCCCAGGGGAGGCACCCCUCACACCCAAAGAUGCUUUUGCCAAGAUGGCUGUGCUGUCCCUUUGAGUUCCUGCCUCUUGUACAUUGCUUCUGGAACUCUGGGCUGGGGAUGAGCGGCUGAUUUCCUGCCUAGAGAGGUUGAUGGGGGAGGAAAAUGAGGACAGCAGGGUUUGAUGUGACUGAGGAGGGAGGACCAGGAAUGAUGAGGUGGUCUUGUUUGGGUGGGAGUGGGGGUGGUAUAGGGUGCAAAGGUGAAAUAUCACCUUCCCUACCCUACACCCUCCAACAGAGGAGGCAAAGCAAGAUACCAGGGCCUCCAGUCAGGACACCCAUGUUCUGGGGGCUCAACCCUAAACCUGUAGGCCCUAAAGAAGUGUCAGGCUUGGAAUGUCUCCUGAGUACCUCUUCUGGUCCCCUCUCUAGCCUGUCACCCUGGCCCUCCAGAACACACACAUACACACACACUCUGGGGGUAGCAUAGUCCCAUUGCCACACUAACACAGCCCCAUAAUUGCCAUUUCCUCAGGGGUGGCUCUCCACCUCUGCUCUGACCCCCUCCUUGUCUUUUUUGCCCCUUCCUCUUUUCUCACAAGUGCCAUGAGUUUUCAAACAUCUUUGGGUCUCAGUCUGCUGCUACCAUGAACUUUUUGGGUUAAAGGGGAAGGGCUCUAGGGAGAAACUAGAGAAAAGGGACAGGUAGGUGGCUGGAGGGGCCCUUUUUGCUGCUAGAAAGCCCCUCCCUUCUGGGGAGCUGAGGCUGGCUUGUCCCCGUCAGGGGAGAAGGGGUCAGACCAAAGAUGGUGGUUUGUCCUGUGUGGGAGUACAUGUGUGGGGAGAAGGCAGUGUUGGGUUCCAUCUCUAGCUUCUCCUGGCAGGGAGGCUUAACCCUGUUCACCAGAAGACCAUGGGUGAGUCUGGACCCAGAGAAGUAAGAGUGGGGAUGAUCUCGUCCAGAUGGCUCUGUGAGGAGGAUGGGAACCAGCUAUGUGACCUGCCUUGGUUUCAAGAGGGGCAAUUAGAGGUCUGCAAAGAGCUGGCAGGAGACACAGGUAAAUGGAGGAGUUGGCCUGACACCAAGAGGACUUGAAAAGUUAGCAGGGUGGGAGAGUUUCCAGGGGAACUGGAGGCAUGCAAGGAGUCCUCCAUCCUCUCCCUGCCCAGCCCUCCUUUUAUCUCCAGACACGGACAAUCAAGGGGAGAGAGGGUAAGUGGGUCCCUUGGUUCCCAUUCCAGCCAGGUUCACCAAGGUGAAUUCCUAGGCCUCAAAGCUGUGUGGCAGGGCCCCCUGGUGGGGCUGAACACCACUGCAGCACAGUGCAAAACACCACCCAGAGCCCAGGUGUCCAUCCCCGCACCCCAACCAGACCUGGUGCCUUGACUCCCCCCACCCCAGCUGGGACAGUAUAGAGAAGAAAGGGUCUUGGUUUCCUCUCCUAUUUCCUUCCUUGAUUCAUUUGCUUCUCAAUCUUGUUAAUUUUUAUCUGGGGUGGUUUUGUUUUGUGGGUGUGUUUUUUUUGUUUCCCUUGCCUUCCUUACUGUGUUUCCACCUCUUUGCAUUUUUUUUUUGCUGUCUCUAUGUUCCUCUUCUCUCAAUUUCUCUGUCCAUUCGGGCCUCCCCUCCUCCAUGCCCCCAGUCCCUCCUUGGUCUCCUUUUCGAUAUGCCAAACCAAUUUUGGGUCGAGUGCAUUUAACGAGAACAAAACAAAAGGCUCAUAACAACAAGAACGUUUCAGAAAAAAAGUUUUAAAAAAUUGUUGAGUCAAAAAAACAAUAAAGAAAAUAAGAAUUUCUUGGAA